CCCCGCCCCAGCGCUCAUGCGGGCCGAGCCCCGCCCCCCGCCUGCCGCCCGAGCCCGCGCCUGCCCGCACCAUGCUCAAGUGCAUCCCGUUGUGGCGCUGCAACCGGCACGUGGAGUCGGUGGACAAGCGGCACUGCUCGCUGCAGGCCGUGCCGGAGGAGAUCUACCGCUACAGCCGCAGCCUGGAGGAGCUGCUCCUGGACGCCAACCAGCUCCGCGAGCUGCCCAAGCCCUUCUUUCGGCUGCUGAACCUUCGCAAGUUGGGCCUAAGUGACAAUGAAAUCCAGCGGUUGCCUCCUGAGGUGGCCAACUUCAUGCAGCUGGUGGAGCUGGACGUGUCCCGCAACGACAUCCCUGAGAUCCCCGAGAGCAUCAAGUUCUGCAAAGCCCUGGAGAUCGCAGACUUCAGCGGGAACCCCCUGUCCAGGCUCCCGGAAGGCUUCACACAGCUGCGCAGCCUGGCUCACUUGGCCCUGAACGACGUGUCCCUGCAGGCGCUGCCUGGGGACGUGGGCAACCUUGCCAACCUGGUGACCCUGGAGCUCCGCGAGAACCUUCUCAAGUCCCUGCCUGCGUCCCUGUCUUUCCUGGUCAAGCUGGAACAGCUGGAUCUGGGAGGCAACGAUCUGGAAGUGCUGCCUGACACCCUGGGGGCCCUGCCCAACCUGCGAGAGCUGUGGCUGGACCGGAACCAGCUGUCGGCACUGCCUCCGGAGCUUGGCAACCUGCGGCGGCUGGUGUGCCUGGAUGUGUCGGAGAACCGGCUGGAGGAGCUGCCCACAGAGCUUGGAGGGUUGGUGCUGCUCACUGACCUGCUGCUCUCCCAGAACUUGCUGCAGCGGCUCCCCGAUGGCAUCGGUCAGCUGAAGCAGUUGUCCAUCCUGAAGGUGGACCAGAACCGCUUGUGCGAGGUGACCGAGGCCAUCGGGGACUGUGAGAACCUGUCUGAGCUGAUCCUCACCGAGAACCUGCUCACGGCCCUGCCCCGCUCCCUGGGGAAGCUGACCAAGCUGACCAAUCUCAACGUGGACCGGAACCGCCUGGAGGGGCUGCCGCCGGAGAUCGGAGGCUGCGUGGCGCUCAGCGUCCUCUCUCUGCGGGACAACCGCCUGGCCGCCCUGCCGCCCGAGCUCGCGCAGACGGCCGAGCUGCACGUGCUGGACGUGGCCGGGAACCGGCUGCGCAGCCUGCCGUUCGCGCUCACGCACCUCAACCUGAAGGCCCUGUGGCUGGCCGAGAACCAGGCGCAGCCCAUGCUCCGCUUCCAGACGGAGGACGACGCCCAGACCGGCGAGAAGGUGCUUACCUGCUACCUGCUGCCCCAGCGGCCCCCGCCCAGCCUCCUCGAGGACCCGGCGCCGCGGGGCAGCCCUUCCGAGAGCUGGAGCGACACCCCGCUCAGCCGCGUCAGCGUCAUCCAGUUCCUGGAGGCCCCCGCGGGCGACGAGGACGAGGAGGCGGCCGCCGAGAAACGGGGUCUGCAGCGGCGGGCCACGCCUCACCCCAGCGAGCUCAAGGUGAUGAAGCGGGGCGUGGAGCGUCGCAGCGAAGCCGCCUCCUGCAGGCCCGAGCCCAGGCCGCCCUCGCCCUCCCCCCCGCCCUCCGUGGAGGAGAAGAGGCUGAGUGCCGAGUCUGGCCUGAGUGUGGACGCGCAGCCAUCGGCCAGCACGGCGUCCCAGGGUGAGCCCGAGGGCCCGGUGGCCGAGGAGGAGGGCCUGAGCCAGCAGGAAUCCGUGCCAGCUGCCCAGGAGGAGGUCACAGAGGAGGCCUAUGAGGAGCCCACUGUGCGCUUUGCGGAGGACACGCUGCUCCUGCCCGGGGAGGACGGCGAGAGUGAGGAGGGGCCCCUGGAGGCCCCGUGGCCCCUGCCGGGUGGGAGACAGCGGCUCAUCCGGAAGGACACGCCCCACUACAAGAAGCACUUCAAGAUCUCCAAGCUGCCCCAGCCCGAGGCGGUCGUGGCCUUGCUGCAGGGGACACAGCCAGACGGCGAGGGCUCGAUGGGGUCUGGGGGCUGGCACAAUGGCCCCCACACGCCCUGGGCUCUUCGAGCUGAGGAGGAGGAGGAGGAGGAGGAAGAGGAGGAGGAAGAGGAAGCCGAGGAGGAGGAGGAGGCAGGGGUGGCGGUGGAGGAGGAGAAGGAGGAGGCCGUGGCCUCGGCGCCCUCCGUCAAGGGGGUGUCGUUUGACCAGGCCAAUAACCUGCUGAUAGAGCCCGCUCGCAUUGAGGAGGAAGAGCUGACCCUCACCAUCGUGCGGCAGACCGGGGGCCUGGGCAUCAGCAUUGCAGGCGGCAAGGGCUCCACCCCCUACAAAGGAGACGACGAGGGCAUCUUCAUCUCCCGGGUGUCCGAGGAGGGCCCCGCGGCGCGGGCUGGGGUCCGAGUAGGUGACAAGCUGCUCGAGGUGAACGGCGUGGCCUUGCAGGACGCGGAGCAUCAGCAGGCGGUGGAGGCGCUGCGUGGGGCGGGUCCCACGGUGCACAUGCGGCUCUGGCGGGAGCGCAUGGUGGAGCCCGAGAACGCGGUCACCGUCACGCCACUGCGGCCGGAGGACGACUACAGCCCCCGGGAGCGGUGGGGGGGCGGCCUGCGCCUGCCCCAGCUCCAGCCCGAACCCCCCGGGCCCCUCCGCCAGCGCCACGUGGCCUGCCUGGUGCGCAGCGAGAAGGGCUUGGGCUUCAGCAUCGCUGGCGGGAAAGGCUCCACGCCCUACAGGGCCGGCGACGGGGGCAUCUUCGUCUCCCGCAUCGCUGAGGGUGGGGCCGCCCACCGGGCGGGCACACUGCAGGUCGGCGAUCGCGUCCUCUCUAUCAACGGCGUGGACGUGACAGAGGCCAGGCACGACCACGCUGUCUCUCUGCUGACCGCCGCCUCCCCCACCAUCGCUCUGCUGCUGGAACGCGAGGCCGGGGGGCCCCUUGCCCCCAGCCCCCCACCACAUUCCCCCCCACCCCCUGCUGCUGCCACCACUACCCCCGUGGCCACUGCCGCCCCUGGGGAGCCCGGGCCACUAAGGCUGGCCCCCAGUCUGUUGGCCGCUGCCCUGGAGGGGCCCUACCCAGUGGAGGAGAUCUGUCUGCCGAGAGCCGGGGGCCCCCUGGGGCUCAGCAUCGUUGGGGGCUCUGAUCACUCCAGCCACCCGUUUGGCGUCCAGGAGCCGGGCGUGUUCAUCUCUAAGGUGCUCCCACGGGGCCUCGCUGCGCGCAGCGGCCUGCGGGUCGGGGACCGCAUCCUGGCAGUGAACGGGCAGGAUGUACGGGAGGCCACGCACCAGGAGGCAGUCAGCGCCCUGCUCCGGCCCUGCCUGGAGCUGGUCCUGCUGGUGCGGAGGGAUCCGCCGCCUCCGGGCAUGCGGGAGCUCUGUAUCCAGAAGGCCCCCGGGGAGAAGCUGGGCAUCAGCAUCCGUGGAGGUGCCAAGGGCCACGCGGGGAACCCCUGGGACCCCACAGACGAGGGCAUCUUCAUCUCCAAGGUGAGCCCCACAGGGGCCGCCGGGCGUGACGGCCGCCUGCGAGUGGGGCUGCGGCUGCUGGAGGUGAACCAGCAGAGCCUGCUGGGCCUGACGCACAGCGAGGCCGUGCAGCUGCUGCGCAGUGCAGGCGACGCCCUGACCGUGCUCAUCUGCGACGGCUUCGACGCCGCCACCUCUGCCCCCGCCGAGGUGUCCCCGGGUGUCAUCGCCAAUCCCUUUGCCGCGGGCCUGGGCCGCCGGAACAGCCUGGAGAGCAUCUCCUCCAUCGACCGGGAGCUGGGCCCCGAGGGCCCUGGCAAGGAGAAGGAGCCGCCCGGGCAGACCCCACAGCGGGGGCUGGAGGCCACGGUUCCGUCUGGGGCAGCCGGAGGGAUGAAGGAGGUGCCCUCUUCUCCGGGCCGCCAGCAGCCCCCCUCCCCGCCCUCCCCCGACGAGCUGCCCACCAACGUGAAGCAGGCCUACAGGACCUUCGCGGCCGUGCCUGGCCUGCACCCGCUCCAGGACACCCCAGCGCAGCCCCCCACGCCUGGGCCCGCGGCCUCCCCGGAGCAGCUGUCCUUCCGCGAGCGGCAGAAGUACUUCGAGCUGGAGGUGCGGGUACCCCAGGCCGAGGGCCCCCCGAAGCGUGUGUCGCUGGUGGGAGCCGACGACCUGCGGAAGAUGCAGGAGGAGGAAGCCCGGAAGCUGCAGCAGAAGCGAGUGCAAAUGCUGCGCGAGGAGGCAGCCGCCGACGCGGGGCUCCCGCACGCCGCCCAGGCCCCCGACGACGAGGAGCCCGAGGCGGAGCCGCCCUGGGCCGCCCAGAGCCCUGCCGCAGGGCCCGGCCCCGCGUCCCCUCCGCCGCCGCAGGGAGGCGGCGCCCCGGUGCGAACGGCCAAGGCCGAGCGGCGGCACCAGGAGCGGCUGCGCGUGCAGAGCCCGGAGCUGCCGGCGCCCGAGCGGGCCCUGUCCCCCGCCGAGCGCCGCGCCCUGGAGGCCGAGAAGCGGGCGCUGUGGAGGGCAGCCAGGAUGAAGUCCCUGGAGCAGGACGCCCUCCGCGCCCAGAUGGUCCUCAGCAAGGCCCAGGAGGGCCGCAGCAAGCGUGGGCCCCUGGAGCGCCUGGCCGAGGCGCCCUCGCCCGCGCCCACCCCGUCCCCCACCCCCUUGGAAGACCUCGGCCCCCCGACUGGCACCUCCCCGGGACGCCUGGCCUUGUCUGGCAGGAAGUUUGACUACAGGGUGUUUGCAGCCCUGCCCUCUUCCAGACCUGUCUAUGACCUGCAGUCCCCGGAUUUUGCCGAGGAGCUGCGGUCCUUGGAAGCAUCUCCCAGCCCAGGUCCGCCGGAGGAGGACGGCGAGGUGGCCACGGUGCUUCUGGGCAGGCCCUCUCCGGGCACAGUGGGCCCCGAGGAGGUGACGCUGUGCAGCAGCCGCCGUGCAGUGCGGCCGGGGCGCCGCGGCCUGGGCCCGGUCCCCUCCUAGAGGGCAGGGGUACCUCCCCCGACUUGGGCCCUGGCCCCAGUCUUUUAACCUGGCUGUUAGCUUUUUAAAGAGGUCCCCUCAGGCGUUCCGGCCACUGACUAACCGCCCCUCCCCAGCCGGGACCUCCUGGCGAGACUGUAACUAGUGAAGUUUGUACAACCAAAGACUCUAUUUUGUGGUUCAAGGAAAAUAAAAUUGACUACGUUUUA